AUGGAAGCUUUGUUGCAAAAAGUUACUGGUAAUGAAUUAUUGUCCAUGAUGGAUGGGUUUUUUGGUUACAAUCAGGUCAAAGUUAAAGAAUCUGAAAAACAUAAAACUGCUUUUACUACCCCAUGGGGUACAUAUGUAUAUGCAAGAAUGCCUUUUAAACUAACAAAUGCAAGAGCCACUUUCCAGAGGCCCAUGGAUGUUGCCUUUGAAGGAAUUAUUGAUCUCAUCUUAGCAAUAUAUCAAGAUGACAUGACUGCAUACUCGAAGAAAGCAAAUGAUCACUGCAACGACUUGGAGAAGAUAUUCAUAAGAGCAUUGGAGUUUGUAUCGAAUUUUGCUGAAAUUGUUAAACCCAUAGCCAAAAUGAUGAAGAAGGAGGCUGAGGUAAAAUGGACAAAUGAGGCGCUUGAGGAUUUUGUGAGCAUCAAAAGAGAAAUUAAGGAGGCCCCAGUCCUUAAGUCACUUGACUUUUCCAAGCCAUUCCAGCUUGCUGCUGUUCCCAGACUGGGGAAUGCAGCGCUUGCUGCAUCCUCAGUCAUGGGGAAAGCAGUGAGGCUGCAAGGAGAGUCGGAUAGUUUUAAUGAUAAUCAGAAAAGAACUGUGAAGUUACAGUCAUCUAGAUAUGUGCUUAUCAAAGGAUACUUGUAUUGGAGGAACAGAGAUGGUGUUUUGUUGUUUUGUCUGGAUGUUGUGCAGGCACCAAUGGUAUUGAAAGAUUUACAUGAUGGAGUCUGUGGAGGACACUUCUUAGCAAAAACAAUAGCCCAAAAGAUUUUGAAUGCAGGGUAUUACUGGCCAAGCAUCUUCAAGGAUUGUCACGCAUAUGUCAGAAAAUGUGAGGCUUGUCAGAAGUUCUCAGACAAACUCAAGUACAAUGGGGCCAUUCCUCUCAGACCUGUGAAUGCAGAAGAGCCUUUCCAAAUGUGGGGCAUUGAUUUUAUUGGAGAAAUAGCUAACAAGUCUAGUGGUGGACAUAGGUGGAUUCUUGUUGCAACAGAUUACUUUACUAAGUGGGUGGAGGCGAUUCCCACAAGAUCAAAAGAAUUUGUGAAUUUCUACGAAUCUUAUGGGAUUAGUCUGUCAUACUCAUCACCCUAUCAUCCCCAAGGAAAUGGACAAGCAGAGUCUAUAAAUAAAAAUCUACUAAAGAUCAUUAAAAGAAUGCUAGGGGAAAAUAAAAGAGCUUGGGAUUCCAAAUUAAGUCUGGCUAUGUGGGCUGAUAGAAUUACAAUUAAAAAAUCCAUUGGUUUUGCUCCUUAUGAAUUGGUGUAUGGUAAAGAAGUCAGGUUACCAUUGAAUAACUUACUGCCAGUGUACAAAUUUGUUUCAAAGAAUGAUCCAAAGGAGGACACGGAUGGGCGAGUUGAGGAGUUCCUGGUUCAUGCUCAAUAUCUGAAGCAUUUCUUCUAUGCAUAA